GGUUGGCUGCGUGCUCACACAAAUAGCUAUGGGCAUUUUGGGACAACUGUUUUUAGUUCUGUUGGUUUGUGAGGCCGCAGGGUCAUCUGUGCCCAGGGCUCGAAGCACUAUUGUCGGGGGACAGGAUGCUCCCGAGGGCAGAUGGCCAUGGAUGGCCUACCUGAAGAUCACAGGUGACGUAAAGGCCUGUGGCGGUUCUCUCCUUAAUGAGGAGUGGGUGCUCACUUCGGCACACUGUAUGAAAAAAAUUAAUCGGGAGUCAUCCUACGUUUAUCUGGGCGUCCGCAGCGCAAAGUUCUUAAGGGAGGAACAAGCGUUUAAUCGAACCAUGUCACACAUUGUUUUUCACCCUAAUUCUGAAGAUUUUGACAAUGACAUCGCCCUUAUAAAGCUGAAUCCUCCUGUCAAAUUUGAAACCCGGGUUGCACCAAUGGAUCUUCCUGAACCAAAGGACGUAUUCAACGAAACAUCUGAAUGCUGGGUGACAGGCUGGGGUAAUGUCGAACAUGGAAAACCGUUGUUUGGUAACUCAAACCUACAGGAGCUCAAAGUGCCCAUUCUCAACCAGACUGUCUGCCUGGACAAGUAUCCCAAACUAACCUCCAACAUGAUCUGUGCAGGGUUCUUGCAGGGAGGAAAGGACACCUGUCAGGGGGACUCUGGUGGGCCUUUAGUUUGUCUGUCUGGUGAGAAGUUUGUCCAGGUGGGAAUCACAAGUUUUGGGAAUGGCUGUGGUGAAGAAGGUAAACCUGGAUACUACAUCCGUGUGGCCAGCUACUUGGACUUUAUUAAAAAGACUAUUAACUCCAAUCCCCAGGCAUAAGCCAUCCUGACUGUUUUGUUCAGCAUAUGAAAGCAGUCAAAUUCUUUUUUUUCUGUUUCUCCUUUUUUUUCACCAAAAUCCUGAUUGUAAAGUAUGUGAGACUAUUGUUUCAUGGUAUAGUUCAACCAAAUGACAAAUAACCAUUUGUAUUUAAACAUAAACAUAAACAAUUACAUGGGUUUUCAUGCAUUGAUUAGGUUUCUUUGGUUAUCUUAAUGAAGUUGAUCAGUAAAGAUUGUGCUAAAAACGACAAUGUUGUUACUGUUGACUUGCAUUGGAUUUGAAUCACAAAUGCAAAAGCUUUGUGGCCAAAACCCAACCAUGUAUUCAUAUUGAAAUGUGUCUAAUAAAAUAUGUUGUAUUUUGACAGAACUAUCCUUUUAAAAUCAUGCACUGACAGGCUCACUUUUUGUAACUUUUACUGCUCCAAUACUCCUAGUAAAUUCUCCAAGCAUCAACUCUUGUAUGUGUAUGUGUAUGUGUAUUGUUUAAAAUGCUGUUCUAUUCAAAUGUGUCCUUGAAAGUUGAUUGUGGAGUUGUUUAAACUCUUCCCCUGCCUGGGAGAUGGAUGGGCUGGCUUCAAGGUUGUUACCAGGAAUGAUCAGACAUACUAUGUCUGGGACAAGGCCUCUGGGUAACACCUCCCCAUGAACAUCUGCCAUCAGAUGUAAAACUCUUGCUCCAGGAGUGGACAUGAAGCCAAAAGCCAUGGUAGGUCAACCAGUGGAAUCAGCCUGAUUUGGCAUGGGGACAAUCUUAUCCACUUAGGCACGGAGAUGAGAAUCACCAAUGAC